AUGCUGCAUGUGUAUACCGACUCGAAUUGGCGUGCCCUUAAUACUGACUGCAUGGAUUUGAGCUUGUUCUUUGCUAGCUUUUCAUUCAUGAACAAGAGCCGUAAGUUGACUAGAAGAUGGAAAAAAAAAGAGCAGACAUCUCACUCCAAAGUAGCCUUCUUUUCAUAUUUCAGUGCACCUGCGACCAUUGUAUUUGGUGUGAUAAAUGUCUUGUUUGUGCUGGUGCUUCUAUACGGCUACACAUUGCAUGUCAUUUACCGAUCUGUGAAUAGAUACAGACAGUAUGCAAAGCUGUUUGCUUGCUUUGUAUCAGCUAUUCUUAUCGACAUGUUUGUCAAUUGCAUUUUGUUUGCAGUGAAGAAGGACGAAUUUAUACGCUGGUGUACGAAUCGAUCCGCAGACGCAUUUCAAAACAGCACAGCCUUCGCAUUAGACACGCAAACUGUCGACACACUAGGAUUCAACUGCUACAAACUACAUGACACCGAAGUGAAGCUCUCGUUCAUGUUUCUUGUGUUCUUUGUGUUUGUGUUUGGAUUCUGGGCUUCUCAAAUUGUCAAUGAUUCAAGAAAUUUCGUCAUGAUUCGCCCUGAAAUAUCGAUACAUCCGCCAAGAACAUCCAAGGUCAACUCGGCGCUGCCAACACAUAUUGAGGAUUCCAAUACAAGCUCUGUCAUGCUAUCGAGCCUACCUCCAUCAGCAAAGAACAAUGAUGCAAGUAUCAUCUUGCUGUAG